AAUAUUACCUUGAUUAAUGAUGAUGUAAGCGAUUCAUGUAGCUGAAACAAAUUGGGAAGCAGACCCUUUUCCACAUCCUCGUUGUUGACCACGGUACCAAAUCUAUUGAAAAGCCUGGAGGGAUCAUCUACCAGUAACUGGCUGCUCCAGACUCCCCGACCUUAUCCAUUUGUUCUACACAGUCAUGGCUGGCCAUGGUGAAAAGCUCGGGUCUUCCUCUACCACUGCGCUCAGUCUCCUCCUCCCUCCUCCUCCCUGCUCUUCCUGAACCCGUUACUGUUCACUUCUGUGUCCUCUCAUGGAGCAAACCCUCUCCUCUCGCAGCUUUAGACCCUCUUCCCCUUGCAAGCGUUCCGCCGACCUGAGAAAGAGAUGGAGAAGAACGAGCUCUCCCGUCCCGCAAGCCCUACUUCAACCCUCACCCGCCGCCGUCGAGACUUCCCCUGCUGUCCUCACGUUCCCUUCCCCCUCACUCGCUUUAGACGAUCCCAUCUACUCCACAUCUCUGGUCUCAGUCAAGCAAGUCCAUGCCCGGAUUGUAAAGGCCGCAGAGCCGCGGAGCUCGAAGUCCGCGAUGGACUUCCUCAUUCAAGUCUACUCGAAGUUUGGAGAUUUCCGAUCGGCUGCCGCAGUUUUCUUUAUUGCCUUGCAAUCUGACACUCUUUCGUGGAGCUAUCUGAUCGAUUCUUUCGACGGCGCCGGAGAAAGAAGUACCCGCGAGUUGCUCGAGAUUUUCCGGGAGCUGCAUAGGAUAGGAAUCACGCUCAGCGUAGGCAUUUUCCGCAGAGCUUUAAGGAACUGUGCGGAGUUAGUAGAUUUCUGGUUGGGUUCUCAGAUUCAUGCGCAUGUUACCAAAGCAGGCCUGGCGAAUGAAACUUACAUCAGGUGCUCUCUGCUGGAUUUCUACGCCCGUUGUUGCAGCUCAGAAUCCGCCGAUAGAUUGUUUGAAGAGUCGUCGUUUACCGAGGAUUCGAUUUUGUGGAACAACUUCAUUGUGCUCAAUGUGGAGAGAGGGAAAUGGAUCGAAGCACUCGACUUGUUCCGAAUGAUGCAGCUCGUUGGCCUGGAAGCUGAUGAAGUCACAGUGGCCAAAGCUCUGCAUGCCUGCGGGAGACUCGAGGCUGUCAAGCAAGGCAAGGUGAUACAUGGACAUGUCAUCAGAUCAGGGAGUUUCCAGUGCGCACUGGUGAGCAACUCCUUGAUCUCCAUGUACUCCAAGAACUCGCUGGUGAAGCUAGCGAGGAGAGUGUUCGAGUACAUGGGAGGAAGGACGCUGGUGUCGUGGAAUUCCAUCAUCUCCUGCUGUUCUCUCAAUGGGUUUCUCGAGGACGCCUUGGAGCUGUUCCGCGACAUGGUGGCUUUCGGAGCGGAGCCCGACUUGGUUACUUGGAAUUGCUUGAUCUCCGGUCACUCUCACCACGGAUCGCCUCACCGGACUUUCGAGCUUCUCCGAAAGAUGCAGGAAGAUGGAUUCCAGCCGAAUUCCAGCUCCAUCACAAGUGUUCUUCGUCCCGUUACCCUUUCUGGUUUGGUUGAGUUGGGCAAGACAAUCCAUGGAUACGCUAUCAGGCACGGGCUCGAUCGGAAGGUGUUCGUAGGAACUGCGCUGACAGACAUGUACGUCAGAUGUCGAAAUCUAUCUAAUGCUCGAAGUGUCUUCCAUAGCAUGAAGCACAGAAACGUACUUACAUGGAACUCGAUGAUUUCAGGGUACGCACAUGAAGGGUUGUUCGAGGAAGCUCUGCAACUGAUGGAGCAGAUGGAGGAGGAAGGAGAGCAGCCCGAUUUGACAACAUGGAAUGGCUUGAUCUCGGGAUACUCCAUUCAUGGGCGAAGCAAGCAGGCGGUAGUACUAAUUCGUCAGCUGAAAGCAAACGGUGUGGUUCCAAAUGUGGUCUCAUGGACUGCAGUCAUCUCCGGUUGCUGCCGCAAUGAACGAUACGAAGACGCCAUCUACUUCUUCAGGGAGAUGCUGAGCGAGGGAGUUCAGCCCAACUCGGUCUCUGUCGCUUGCCUGCUCCGAGCUUGUGCGGCGAUGGCCCUGCUAGGGAAGGGCAGAGAACUGCACUGCUUCGCGGCGAGGAGAGACCUCGACGACGAUAUCUUCGUGGCCACCGCGCUCAUCGACAUGUAUGCCAAGUCCGGCAGUUUAGCCGAGGCCAACAGGGUGUUUGAGAAGCUCAGGCACAGAAACCUGGCCUCAUGGAACGCCAUGAUCAUGGGAUUCGCAGCUCACGGUCGAGGCGAAGAAGCGAUUUCACUCUUCGAUCGGAUGUGUGGAGAAGGAAUCAAGCCAGAUGGUAUCACCUUCACUGCAGUUCUCUCAGGGUGCAGGCAUUCAGGUUUGGUGACCCAAGGAUGGAAGCUUUUUGAUGGCAUGAAAGGGUUCGGUGUCACCCCAACUCUGGAGCACUACACUUGCAUGGUCGAUCUCCUUGCUCGAUGCGGAUACCUCGACGAGGCAUGGGACUUCAUCCAGAGCAUGCCAUUGGAGGCAGAUGCUGGCAUCUGGGGCUCCCUGCUCGCAGCAUGCAGAACUCACAGAAACGUGGAGCUCGCAGAAAUGGCUGCCAAGCAACUCUUCCAGUUGGAGCCAUCAAAUCCGGCAAACUAUGUGUUGAUGAUGAGCAUAUACGCCUGCGAGAACCGCUGGGAAGAUGCUGAGGACGUGAGGGAUGCGAAGAAUGCAGCAGGAGUGGAGAGCAGGGGUGGAUGGAGCUGGAUACAGAUCGACCAGACCGUGCAUGUCUUCGGCGUGGAAGGAGGACCACCUCACCCUGAUACCGGGGAGAUAUACUUCGAGCUGUAUCGACUGGUGUCGGAGAUGAGGAGACGAGGAUAUGUGCCUGAUACCAGCUGCAUCGCCCACCACAUUGGAGAGGAAGAGAAGGAGAAGUUGCUGCUGAGCCACACGGAGAAGCUGGCAAUGGCAUAUGGGCUGAUCUGCACUGGUGAGGGCACAGCAAUUAGGGUGAUAAAGAAUACGAGAGUGUGCAGUGACUGUCAUACGGUGGCAAAGUACAUGUCGCAGAUGACUGGUCGCGAGAUUCUUCUCAGGGCUGGGGCUCGGUUUCACCAUUUCAGGGAUGGAAAGUGCUCUUGCAACGACUUCUGGUGAAGUGGAAACAAGAUGAUCUGGAGACAACUCAUGGGAGAUGGGAGAACACUGAAACCUGCACAUAGAAGAUAGAAGAUGAUCAUGUUCCUGAUGAUGGCAAUCGCUCACCAAUACGGAUGAUCGUGUUCAAACACAUUGUUCAUCAACGACUGCUGCAGAGAAGAAAGAGUCUGCAAUGCCUGCAACCAUCAGAAACUGCAUCAUGAAUAUGUCCAAGAUUUCAUCUCCAUCAAUCGAUAAGUAAUUGCAACGAGCUGAGAAUACACUGACCUGUCAUAUUGGAGAAAAUAGUCGCUGUGCUUGAAACUGGAAGAGCUUGGCCAAAAAAAAAAAACACACUUUGUAAGAAAUUGGAGUAAGAAACACUAAAUGUGAACAACAUUUCACAGCUGGAGAUAUGAAAUGUAUGUAUCAGGGAGA